AUGAAAUGGGUCGUCAAAUCGUCUCCGGUGGCUGUCACUUGGCGGAGUAGAAAAAUGGCGACUUUGCGGCUCUCCGGCGGUUGUCAACCAACGGAGAGGAGCUGGAUGGAGGUGGAGCAUGUGUUAGGGAGCUUCAUCCUCAGGUUUGCACAGCAAGAGGAGGCUCUUCAUCGCAUCUGGUACGCUCUCAAGAGGUAGCGACUCAUCUCCUGGCGGAUCAUCCUCUUCCCGACGAUGGCUUGUUCAUCUAUUAAUUGGAGAUGCUUUACUCGAUAGAUUUGCGAUACUUUUAUCGCAAAUUGUUCAAUAAUUUUAGUCACAAUGCUCCACGAAUCGUGUUGACGAGAUUUUCACCGAUGAUCCAGCGAUUCUAGUUGCUUAAUCCUUCACUAGUGAUCUGCAGGAAAGUUGUGAUAAUCAAAUAAAAAAUAGGAAUUUUAGGCUCUAGGAGGAUUUGAACCCACGCCGGUUGCUCGCCCCUUUCUGUGGAAUGUGACGCGGGUUUAGUCCCACAUCGGUUGUGCACCUAAGUUUCUGGUGAACAUAUAGUAAUAUUAUAUUUCCGAUCAAAUCUUUUUCUCGCGUGUGUACGACCACUCCUUGCCCCACAGCCGACUAGCCACCAGUGACGUAGAAGGGGGGUGGUGCACACGUGCCCCUAUCGGUCUAAGCCGCUCAAGCCCCUGCUCACGGCUACUCUCUAACUGCGCUUCCGACCUGCUUGCGGGCCCGAUUGGCCAACUGGUUCCCCCAUUUUAUCUUAUUUUUAUUUUUAUUUCUUUUUCUUCAUUUAUCUCAAAAGUAAGAUUGUAAAAAUCAUAUAAAAUCAUUUAAAAUCACAUAAUUACCCAAAUGAUGCAGGACGAGGUGAGAACCCUUGUACCUAAUCAAUGAAACUCAAGACCUGGGAUGGGGCAGUCGGAUCGAUCCGAUAAGAAUGUAUGGACCCAAGACUCUAGGUCUAACCACCUAACCUAAGUAUAGGCAGGCGUACCAAUAUGCACUAUCAACCCAGGACAACCCAGGGAAACACUCGACGAUGGUAAGUGUUAGACCCUCUCGGUCCACGUCUAGACAAACGGUGGAACGGUCGUCGUGAAGUAGCCUAGGGCUGCAGCUCACGAACGGUGACGAGUUUGACGCAGCGUCAGAAGUCAUGAUCCUAUAACCUGUCUUAUCCUAUCUACAUUCUCCUGAUGGCGGUGGAAACGAGCCGAGAAAACCCUUUGAAAGAUAAUUAAACUUAAGUAAGAAGGGGGUACGGAGCUAACCUUCAAGGCUGCAUAGCUCGGCGGGUUGUGACAGAGAAGAGACUCAACGUAAGUAGAGACGUCUAGUGAAGAGUGAUAAGUCUUCAUUAUCAUGAGUUAAUAAUUAGUAAAUAAUAUAGUUUUAGCCUUAACUCGUGAUAAAUAGACUUAUCUUUGUGUUAAAGUGUGAAAAGUAGUUUUCAGUUGAUUAAUGUGAUUUUUUUGGAUAAUUAUGUGAUUUUAUACGAAUUUAUAUGAUAUUUACAGUCUUACUUUUGAGAUAAAUGAAGAAAAAGAAAUAAAACUAAAAUAUUGCAAAAUGGGGGGACCCGCUGGCCAGUCGGGCCCGCAAGCGGGUCGGAAGCUCAGUCAGGGAGUAGCCGCGAGUAGGGGCUCGAGCGGCUUGGACCGACAGGGGCACUGACGUGACUCAGUCGUUGUAUAUUAAAUCACGCAAAUCUAAAAUUUAUAAAACUAGAAAAUACGAAUUUCCGGAUAUUUAGAAGUAUUUAUAAAUAAAUAUAUCAAUUAUAAUUCAAUAAAAGUUCCAAAAAUAGCGGUAAUUUCCUAGGUCGAUCACAGGGAUGUAAUAUAAUAUUUUGUAAUUAUUCAGAGUUUUUCUCAAUGAAUACGAUUUUCUAUGAAUUUUAUACUAGGAAAUGAAAAGGAAAUAUAUUUAAAAUUCACGAAAAAAAAAAGAGGAAAUAAGGGUGCGGACGACAGGAUGACGUCAGCGCCCGGCGAACGCGAAUCGGGCGGAAACAGAGUUCCGCCCGGCGAUUCUUACGUAAGCGAUUACAGACGAUUUAAUUAAUCAAAUUAAGAUCUGUAAAAGCCGGAAGAAUCGUAAUUGAACGAAGUAUAGUUUGGUAAAUUAAAAUCACACAAAGUAUCACUAAAUAAAGCGUAAAUUAAAUUGAAAGCAGGAAACCAGAGUUCCGGCGUCGCGACGGCGAUGCGUCGGCGAUGCACCGGAAUCCUGAGCGUUCGGGAGGAUCGUCGUGCAGUGUCCACGGCCUCGAAGGCUCUCCUUGGACAAAGACGACGUGGGCAAUCUCUAGAUCUUCUCGCGAAGUCUAGAGAUCAAUGAAGUGGGUCGUCGAAUCGUCUCCGGCGGCUGUCACCCGGCGGAGCGGAAAAACGGCGACUUUGCGGCUCUCCGGCGGCUGUCACCCGACGGAGAGGAGCUGGAUGGAGGUGGGGCGCGUGUCAGGGAGCUUCAUCCUCAGGUCCGCGCAGCAAGGGGAGGCUCUUCAUCGCAUCUGGUACGCUCUCAGGAGGUGGCGACUCGUCUCCCGGCGGAUCGUCCUCUUCCCGACGACGGCUUGUUCGUCGAUCAAUCGGAGAUGA